AUGGAAGCCCCUGACGCUACUACCGACGUUGACACUGCUUCGCCAGUAGUCCCUUCCACUUCACCAGCUGAAGAUGCGCCUCAUGAAGUUUCAGUUCCUGCCGAGUCUUCUCCUGGACCUUCCACCGAGAUAUCUACUGCAUCGUCUUCACCGAGUCACCCAUCCUCACCGAGUUCUGCAGGUGACACCUCCUCACAGCCUGCUGCCGACGUGUCCCCGCCCGCGGAGCCUCCUCUCCGUCGUGGCGACCGAGUGUGA